UUUCCAGCCAUUGAAUCGAUUAAAAUAUCUUCUACCUCUUUCCGAUCAGUUUAAGGCCUCUGAUGAAAUGCCGAAUUGAAGAAGAGGAAAAAUCAAGAUGAUAGGUGGUUUAUCCGUGUCUGAAUCCGCCAUAGAAGCUCUUUCUCUGAUAAAUUACACCCACAGUUCAUUCUUCCAUGGCGGGUCUUCAGUUUUGCGGGGAUCCGUCGCCGUAAUUGCGCCGAGGAGAAAGAAACAGAAGAUAAUUGCGACGAGAAGCGCUUUAAGUGAUGGCAGCGGCGUUGUCCUUGAUAAAGAGUUCGAUUUUGAGCCGUCGUUCGGUGAUUAUUUGAAAGCCAUGGAAUCCGUCAAAACCGACAGAGAUAAUAAUAAUAAUAACAACAACAACAAUAAUAAUAGCAAUAGCAAGUCUAUUAGUAACACUUCUAGGAAACAGAGGAUUGUGAAGAAAAAUGUUCGAGAAGAAGAAGAGAAUGGAGCUGACGUGGCAACUUCUGCUCGAAGAGAAUCGAGAAAGGGUGUUGUUUCCAACAAUGGUGCAUUUGUUCGAGAAGGUUCGAGAAAGGGUGAUUUUCGCGACGACGGAGUUUCGUUGGAGAAGUUCAAGAAGCAGGAUAAAAAUUUGAAGGCUUACACUGUGAAGAAAAAUGUUAGCAGGGAGAGUGAGUUCAUGGAUAUGGAAAGAGCUGCAUUCAAGUCGUUGGAUUACGAAGGUGUUAUCGACAAGCCACGAGUUUCAAAGGUUGACAUGGAUGAGAGAAUUCUGAAGCUUGCCAAAUGUUUGAAUGGUGCAGACAUUGACAUUCCCGAGUGGAAGUUCUCUGAAAUGAUGCGAAGUGCGCAAAUAAGAUUCUCCGAUCAUUCCACUUUGAGGAUUGUACAGAUAUUGGGUAAGUUGGGAAACUGGAGGAGGGUGCUUCAAGUCAUCGAAUGGAUUCAGGCUCGCGAGCGCUACAAAUCUCACAGGAUAAGACAUGUAUAUACUGCUGCUUUGGAUGCUCUUGGUAAAGCAAGGAGACCGGUCGAAGCUCUCAAUCUCUUUCACAGAAUGCUGGAUCAAAUGGAUUCGUAUCCUGAUAUUGUGGCUUAUCAUUGUAUUGCGGUCACUCUUGGACAAGCUGGGCAUUUAAAGGAACUAUUCGACGUGAUUGAUAUCAUGAGGUCUCCUCCCAAAAAGAAGUUCAAAACUGAAUUUCUCGAGAAGUGGGACCCACGUUUAGAACCCGAUGUUAUUGUCUACAAUUCCGUCCUUAAUGCUUGCGUUCGGCGAGAGAAAUGGGAAGGGGCUUUCUGGGUAUUACAGCAGCUAGGCCAACAAGGUCAACAUCCUUCUAGCACAACGUAUGGACUUGUUAUGGAGGUUAUGUUGGCAUGUGGCAAGUAUAACCUGGUUCACGACUUCUUCAAGAAAGUGCAGAAAUCAUAUAUACCAAAUGCUUUAAUAUAUAAAGUUCUUGUAAAUACAUUAUGGAAGGAAGGCAAAACCGACGAGGCAAUAAUGGCUGUUGAAGAAAUGGAGAACAGAGGAAUAGUUGGUAAUGCCGGUCUAUAUUAUGACCUCGCUCGUUGCCUUUGUAGUGCAGGCAGGUGCCACGAGGCAUUAAAACAAAUUGACAAGAUGUGUAAAGUGGCAAACAAACCACUUGUGGUAACUUACACGGGUUUAAUUCAAGCCUGUCUAGAAUCAGGCGACGUCGAAAGCGGGGCGUAUAUAUUUAAUCAUAUGAAGAAGUUCUGCUCGCCGAAUUUAGUAACGUGUAAUAUAAUGCUGAAAGGGUUUCUUGAUAAUGGUAUGUUUGAAGAAGCCAAACAGUUAUUCAUAAUGCUAUUGGAAAACAGCAAUUCCAUAAAACACGAAGAAGAUUAUAAAGUUAAGGUUAUACCCGAUAUAUAUUCAUUCAACACAAUGUUGGACGCAUGUGCCAUUGAGAAAAAAUGGGAAGAUCUCGAAUUUGUGUACGAACAAAUGCUGAGGUACGGUCACCACUUCAACGGAAAACGGCAUCUUCGGAUGAUACUAGACGCACGCCGUGCUGGAAAGGAGGAGCUAUUGGAGAUGACGUGGGAGCACUUGGUUGAAACGGGGCGGGACCCACCGCCUCUGAUAGUGACGGAGAUGUUUUGCGUGAGGCUUGAGCAGGGUGACUGUGCAGCUGCACUGUCUUACUUGGUCAACUUUGCUUAUGUGGAGUCGCAGGUUUUCUCUAGAAAGUCUUGGUCGAAAGUGUUGGUUGAAAAUGCGCACCGGUUUGAGGAACAUUCUCUUGAUGAGGUGGUGCGCGAGGGGAAUAUUCUUCUCGCCGGAAACGAGAACCUUGCGGUUCGGCAUCUGAUAGAAUCUUGUAAAGAAUUUCUAAGGGCAAAAAGGUCAUCAAAUGAAGUAGAAGUAGGUAGAAUAUUUCAAACUGAAGCUGCUCUUGUAUAAUUUUGUAAGAUUUUGUGAUGAUACUUUGUUUAAGAUUUUUUAUGAUUUUGGGCUUUAAUAUAAGAUGGCCGGGCCUGAAAUCAUUGGGCUUACAGGCGUGGUAAAGCCCGAAGCCCAUGGUAG